AUGUCGGAAAAUAUUGUUAUUGCAGGCGCCGGAGUUAUUGGGUUAACAAUCGCCCAUCAAUUGUUGCUGGAGGUACAAGAGAAAAAGCAACGUCCUCCAAAGCAGCUAUGUAUCAUUGCCAGAAAUUUCCCCAAAGAUGAACCAUUGACUCCUGAGUAUACAUCGCCAUGGGCCGGUGCACACUACAGACCAUUCCCACAUAGACAAGAGGCUUUUGAAAGCGAUAAAAGAGAGUCCGCAUAUACACGAGUAACUCAUAAAUUCUUUGAAAGGUUUGCGUUAGAACAUCCAGAGUCGACAAUUGAAUUUGUCAAAGGUAUCGACUUCCUAGAGGAGCCUUCAGAUCAGUAUUUGAACCUGGGAGAUGGUUACUCUAAAGAGUCUUUGAUAGAUUUUAAGACUCUCUCCAAAGAUGUAUUACCAAAUGGUGUUCGUUUAGGAUGUGAGUAUACAACGUGGUGUUUGAACGCACCCGUAUACCUACGAUUUUUGCAGCUUCAAAUUGAGCAAUUAUGCCGUAGAUUAGAGAUCCCGCUAAAACUUGAAAGGAUUACUUUAGAUUCCUUACAAGAGAUAACUUCGCUUUUGCCCAAUGUUACAACAAUUUUCAAUGCAACUGGCACUGGUUUACAGUAUCACGGGGGGAUCGAUUCUGCAGUCUCAAAAAUAAGAGGUCAAACUGUGUUGCUGAACGUCCCAAACCCCAAUACUAUCAAAUAUUCGAAACUGACUGUUACACAUCAGGGUAAAGACGGCUCCUGGACUUUUGUUAUCAAGAGACCCGCAAUUAAUGGUACUGCUCAGUAUAUCCUGGGAGGCACAAAGCAACCGGGGGACACUAGAGUCACACCUCGUGAAUCAGACACGCUAGCCCUUCUCGAGAAGGCACGUAUCUUGUAUCCCGAUUUAAUGUUCCCAGAUGGUUCAUUCGACAUUGUCAGAACCAAUGUCGGAUUCAGACCUGCUAGAACUGGCGGCAGCAGGCUGGAAACUCAGCAAGAGAUUACCCAACAUGGGAAUCUGAAAAUCGUGCACGCCUAUGGCCUAGGAGGCAUGGGGUAUGAGACCUCGGUUGGUGUCGCUAAACACUCUCUCAAGCUUUUCCAAGCGAAAACAAGCAAGUUAUAG